UGUUGUGGAAGAGAGGUGGCUGAUUCAUUUCAGAUUGUUGUCUCUCCUCUGCGCGGAACUGACGAGUGCCUGUCAUUUUUACAGGAGUAGGCGGAGUUUCUUGCUUUUAGCUGCUGUUAUUGGUUGAGAAUGGUGUGACGUUUAUGUUUGGAAUACCACGUGGGACAUACGCCAUUGCAAGUGAAGUAUCUGACGCUGGUAGUGGUCCGAACAAUGGAUUGUGCGCGUUAGCUGUGUGAAAGCGUUGAUGUUACUCGGGAACAUAAAAUAAUGUGCGGGGAAGGUAGUUUGAAUGGAGGGACCGGGCGAUGUGCAUUGUGGUUGUGGAAGUAAGAGGUGACAGGUAUGAGUCAGUGCUUUUAAAGUGAUAAGGUUAGUUGUUUGUAAACUUAGAAGUUUUCCUCCUGUGAGUUUCGGUUGACAAGGAGUGAUACUCCCUCCAACAUUUUUUUUUUCCCUCAUCGUGAAGCAGCUAGUGUUAAAGAGUGGCAAAAUGUGGAGAUGAUGUACCAGUAGCUUUGAGCUGAAGACGUCUCGCAAUGUAUCCAGCCCCGACCAGGCAUCCACCUGCAGGGGGCCCGCCGCCGCAGCCAGGUCAGCUCAAGUUCACGGUGGCCGAGACCUGCGAGAGGAUCAAGGAGGAGUUCAACUUCCUGCAGGCGCAGUACCACACGCUGAAACUGGAGUGUGAGAAACUGGCCAGCGAGAAGACGGAGAUGCAAAGGCACUACGUUAUGUAUUACGAGAUGUCGUACGGCCUCAACGUAGAAAUGCACAAACAGACGGAGAUAGCCAAAAGACUGAAUGCCAUUAUCGCCCAGGUUCUGCCGUUCCUAGCUCAAGAGCACCAGCAGUCGGUGGCGACGGCGGUGGAAAGAGCCAAGCAGGUCACCAUGACCGAGUUGAACGCCAUCAUCGGGCAGCAGCAACAGCAAGGACUGCAGCAGCUGCUGCAGCAGAUCCACGCCCAGCAGCUGCCCCACGCGGCGCACGGACCGGCGCUGCCCAUGGGCCCGCACCCGGGCCUGCCCGCCAUGGGCCCCGGCGGCCUGCUGUUCGGCGGCGGCCUGGGCGCGGCGGCGGGCGCCACGGCGGCGGCGGCGGCGGCGGCUGCGGCGGCGGCGGCGGCCCAGCACCCGCUGCUCAAGCCCGCCGACAUGAAGGGCCCCGGCUCGCUGCCGCCCGAGGAGAGGCUGAGGGCGUCCGUGUCGCCCGGCGACAGGGAGAAGUACCGCUCCAGGUCGCCCGACGUCGAGCCCGAGCUCAAGCGGCGGAAGGAAGACAAGAUGGCGCACGAAAGUGACGGCGAGAAGAGCGACCAGGACCUCGUAGUGGACGUCGCUAAUGAGGACCCCUCCUCGCCUCACCCCAACGGGGAGCACCCGGGGGACAUCAGGGAGAACGGCGAGAAGGCGGGCGGCAUGGGCAGCGUCAAGUCCGAGCGGCCGCCCAGUCGCAGUGGGUCCAGCUCCAGCCGCUCCACACCCUCCCUGAAAAGUAAAGAUGCAGACAAGCCAUCCACACCAGUGGGCAAGGUCCCGACCCCAACCUGCUCCGUGCCAGCCGCGCUGCCUGGCUCGAGUGGAGUGAAGUCUGGCGUGCCCGGGGUGGUGCUGCCCCCGGGGGCCUACCCUCCCUUCUCCCUGGUGUCGGCUGGGGCGGUUGGGGGCUCCCGAAGCAGUGACAGUAGCCCCUACAACAGUGUCGCGCCCUCCCCGUACUCUCGCCCCGCCAUGCUUGGCUAUGAUCCCCACCCCCAUGUCCGGACGCCUGGUCUUGGUUCAAACGGCCUAGGAGGAAUACCUGGCGGCAAGCCGGCGUACUCUUUCCACAUGAACGGAGAAGGCCAGCUCCAACCCGUCCCGUUCCCAACAGACGCCCUGAUCGGGCCGGGGAUCCCUCGCCACGCGCGGCAGAUCAACACCUUGAACCACGGGGAGGUGGUGUGCGCCGUGACGAUCAGUAACCCCACCAAGUACGUGUACACCGGAGGCAAGGGCUGCGUCAAGGUGUGGGACAUCAGCCAGCCGGGCUCCAAGAUCCCCGUCUCGCAGCUCGACUGCCUGCAACGGGACAACUACAUCCGGUCGGUGAAGCUGCUGCCGGACGGACGGACUCUGAUCGUGGGCGGGGAGGCCAGCAACUUGAGCAUCUGGGACCUGGUGUCCCCCACGCCGCGCAUCAAGGCCGAGCUCACCUCCAACGCCCCCGCCUGCUACGCCCUGGCCAUCAGUCCGGACACCAAGGUGUGCUUCAGCUGCUGCUCGGACGGCAACAUCGCGGUGUGGGACCUGCACAACCAGGCGCUGGUGCGGCAGUUCCAGGGGCACACGGACGGGGCGUCCUGCAUCGACAUAUCCGCGGACGGCACCAAGCUGUGGACGGGCGGCCUCGACAGCACCGUCAGGUCCUGGGACCUGCGCGAGGGCCGCCAGCUGCAGCAGCACGACUUCUCCUCCCAGAUAUUCUCCCUGGGCUACUGCCCCACCGGCGAGUGGCUGGCCGUGGGCAUGGAGAACUCCAACGUCGAGGUGCUGCAUGCAGCCAAGCCAGACAAGUACCAGCUGCACCUUCACGAGUCCUGCGUCCUGUCGCUCAGGUUUGCCACCUGUGGCAAGUGGUUCGUGUCCACGGGCAAGGACAAUCUGCUGAACGCUUGGCGCACUCCGUACGGUGCCUCCAUAUUCCAGUCGAAAGAGUCGUCGUCCGUGUUGAGCUGUGACAUAUCGGCAGAUGACAAGUACAUAGUGACCGGGUCGGGGGACAAGAAAGCGACAGUGUACGAAGUCAUCUAUUGACAACUGUGGUUUGCGGACGUGGUGUAAAAGAAGAAACGUUUUCUUAAAUGUUAUCAGCGUGUCUGUCGUGGGGGUUGCGUCGUCACGACGAACUGCACUCGUGUCUAGUCGUUCAGGCGAAACGCUUGCUAGCAGUAAUGCAAAACAAUUUUGGGAAAAAUAGAAAAACUGAAGCUUUAGGCAUUUCUUUAAGAUUGUGUCAUUAAAAUUUUUACAGCACUUUGUGAGCUAUGGAUGGAAUGUUGUGUGUUACUGCACUUACGUAGUGCUACCCAAUCUACGUACGUAUAACUUUCUUUGCAAGAAACUUUAGCAUUGUGACUGCUGACUGGAGUUUAUAUUUUUGUUAUUUUUUGGUAUGAGUAUUUUCACUGUGUGAUGCUGUACUAGACAGAUUCUAAAUGGAACGGCUUUAGAGUAUGAAUGUCUUUAGUCAGGCUGCACAAAUACCUAGUUCUUUUCAUUAUGGUAGCAGCAACAGCAAUAUCAAAGAAAUACAACUUAUGGAAUAAUCAAUACAUUAUGUUGUUUCGUAAUUGUGUUUCAAUUGUUACUUCUGAAAAGAAUGCAGAAAGAAGAUAAUAUUUGUAAAAGGAAUGAUUAUAAUACUGUAUUUUUUAUUUUAAUUGUAAAAAUUUUGUUCUGUCCAUUAUAAUUACUUUUCCAUUGCAUUGUGUUCAUGUUAUGAUAGAACUCUUAAAUUAACUAAGCAAUGAAGCAGUAUUACAAUGUGUGAUAGUACUAGAAACAUUACAUACAUUAAUUUCACUUCAAAGUUCCAGAAUUCUUAAUUGCUAUUUGAGAGAACUGUACAUCUAUAAUUGAGCUAACUGGUUAUCUUUCUGUUUCCUGACAAUACACGUCUAUUUAAAAACUUCAUUUCUUGUGUUCUUCAAAUGGUCAGUUAUCAAAUGUACACCUAGUGAAGAAAAUUUUUUUUUUCCAUCACAAUGAUGGCUAAGGAAAUAUUGUUUUGUAUUGUAAUGAAUAUGAAACACAGAAAUAUAAGCAUACAUAUUAUGGUUCGUUUGAUAAAAUCCUGAAUGAUAGCAAUUUGCAAAAAAAAAAAAUAACUAUGUAAAUGUUUGCUGCCUUACGCUGCAGUAUGAAUACGUUACAUCAAAGUACAAAUGCUGGUGUAGUAGUGACUUAACGAAGGGUUGCAAGUCCGAGAACAGGAACUACCAAGCUGUACUCACUUGUUGACGUGCUCCCGAGGGUUGCAAACAUGAGGGUUAAUCCAAUGAUACAGUCUAGCGUCGAUUAAUUAACACACUUUGAAAGUUUAUUUUGCUGAUUAAAAAAGUUACAAAAAUUGCAUUUUUAUUUUUGUUAAGAGUUGGUUGUUUUGGUUGGUUAAUAACUUGAUUACCCAACAUUGGUCUCAUACCUCUGUGAAAAAGUUGAAAAAAAACAUGUUGUUCAGGGCAGUUUAUUCAAUAUUCUGGUUCCCUUUCCACCCCAUAAUUUUCCUCACGUAACUGAUUUCUUAUGAUGCUGUUAAAUUAAUUAACAAAAUAAAAUAGUUUAUAGGAAAAAAUUGGUAAGGAGCAUUGAGGGAGGGAGGGGGUGGAUGUGAAGCAAUACAUAUAAAUAUAAGAUACCAAAAA